AUGCGACCUAAUCGGCGGAUGGGUCACUACUUGACUCCAAUCCGGGAAAUGCAAGAGGUGGAGACAUCACCGCCUAAUCCAAUGGCAGCCAGCACAUCAAGUGACGAAUUUAGUUAUAUCAGUAGCGAGGAAAAUGAGGAGGGUCAUGGAGCUUUGGGUCGACAUGUUGUUGGCGUCAACAUGUUGUUGUCGUCGCUCGAGGACAUUGCAGCAGUGCAGAGAACAACGACGAUGCGUCCAAUGCCUUGCGAUUGUACAGAGGCUUAUUUAGAGAGGGAAUCAAAUAUGGCGACUAGUAAUAUCGUAAGACCAGAAAGUCACUACACUCAUCUAAGGUACAGUCCAACUACGCCAGAAACAAAUAUUGCGGAAGAUCCACCAAACCGGCAGAAUAAUGGAAGCGAGGAUUCGAUCUCCAUAGACGAGACCUUAAACUCAAUUUCAGUGAGAGCCGUCUCAGCCAUGUCUAAUGUGCCAUUGCCGGUCCUAAACAACGAGGCUUUCUCUAUGAACAAGUUCAGAAACCUUAACUUAAGAAGAGAUACGAUGGCGCACAGUCACACACAGCCUGCAUUGGACCGAAGACGUCUUCGUGAACUGAAUAAAAUAUUGUCAAGAUGUCCUCGAGCUAUGGAUGCGGCUAACAGAGUAAUCAGAUAUGCUCGUGCUCUCUGUUUGAGAAAUAAGUAUCAAACACAAAUGUCUUGUCUGAACUGCGGUUUACUUCCUCUGCAUCCAAUCACUGGACAAUGCGGACAUACACGAUGCUCUAAAUGCGCGGUACAAAACACUACGUGUCCGUGCGGGAGCGUGUUUUCAGAACCGUUCCACGUCAACAUUAUGAUACGGGAUCUGAUUGCAAAAUCUAAAUUCAAUGUAAAUUUAAGUCGUGUGUCGACCAAAACCAAAGAAAAUGGUGCCGCCGAUGAACCUUCGCCUGGACUGCGAGCCACAUUGAGGGGUACAAAACGACGCCGGUGCGAGACAAAAGUUGCUUACCCUAGCGGGGAUAAUCACCGAGUUCCCAUGUCACCUCGGGCGCGGUACAACCAUGGCCUGGAGCUGCUGCAGCAGGGAAGGCGGCUCGAGGCCGUGCCGUAUCUCGCUCUCGCAGCAGGUGCUGGUCAUCCAAGCAUGCGGUUGGCACGACCACUACUGGCUCAGGCAAUAUCUACAUUUAACAAAGACCCGUGGUCCCUGAUACCGUUCCUGAACCGUUCCGUGCGCAGGCUGUGCUCGAUGUCGUGGAUCAAGCCGACUGAUAUGGAGUGCAUAUUGUGUUGUUCUACUUUUACCGACCCCGUCACAACCCCUUGCGGACACACAUUCUGCCGCAUAUGUCUAGAACGCACAAUGGACUACCGGAAGCGCUGUCCCUUAUGUCUGCGCACUUUAAGCGAGUUUAUGCUAUCACUGACUAUGAACACGGUGUUCGUGGAGGCGGCGCUGAGAAGUAUUAAUGCCAUUAUUAUCCCAGAACCUCCGGAGCCUGACCUUAUACCUAUCUUUACAUGUACGGUCGCCUACCCAACUGUGCCAUGCCCGCUGUACAUCUUUGAUCCUCGUUACUGGCUAAUGAUCCGACGCGUGCUCGAGUCCGGUUCCAGAAAGUUCGGUAUGGUGACUUGCGAUAGGGGACAGGACUAUAAUGACUAUGGCACGAUAUUGGAAGUGCGCGACUGCGUGCAUUUUGAGGAUGGCAGGUCCAUUCUGUCUACCAUAGGCUUGACACGUUUUAAAGUGAUUGAAAGAGGAGUUAGAGAUGGAUUGGAAGUGGCGCGAAUUUUGCCCAUUCAAGAUGUUUGUCCGGCCAAUGAGAUGGAGGUGUUAGCAUAUAGACUGUUAGGCAACAGGAUAAUACUGAGGGCUCUACUCUGGCUGAGCAGUUUGGAUAGUGAUGUACUGCAGGACAUUGAGACUACGUUUGGCACUCUGCCAGAGAGUAAUGGCAAUGACGAAUGGUGGUCCACUACUGACGGCCCAGCGUGGCUCUGGUGGCUAGUAGCGGUACUGCCGCUAAGGCCUGAAAUUAAGGUACUAAUUCUGUCCACAAACUACCUCGUGAAGCGUAUGAUGGCGGUGGCGCGAACGCUAGAAGCUGUCGAGCAAGUCUCACUUACUUCGUCCAGACGGUGCCGCCUCCCGGCUACUAACGCUUCAGGUGCCAACCAUGCAAGAAGUGGUGAAAGCGCCUCAUAA